GCAACUGCUAAAACAAAGUAUCAUCAUUGCUGUCAUAUCAACCAAGCAAAGAUUCAUUGUUGCGCAAUUCACAUUACAGCACCAUAUUACCCUGAUUCUUGAUUGCGGUUCAUUCAAAAUGUUGCCUCUCGGCCUCUUGAACGCGGCCCAAGGCCACCCCAUGCUUGUCGAGCUGAAAAACGGAGAGACCUUGAACGGUCACUUAAUACAGUGCGAUACGUGGAUGAAUCUGACGCUCAAAGAAGUCAUCCAGACAAGUGCCGACGCCGACAAGUUUGUCCGUCUCCCGGAAGUAUACGUGAAGGGCAACAAUAUCAAAUAUCUCCGAGUACCUGACGAAAUCAUUGACCUCGCGAAAGAGCAGCAACAACAACACGGCCAACAAAGUGGGUUUAGAGGUGGCCGAGGAGGACAUGGCCAACAAAGAGGAGACCACGGUGGCAGAGGCGGCGAUAGAGGUCGUGGGCGAGGCCAAGGAAGGGGUCGUGGGAGGGGCCGCGGUGCGUGAGGAUGAUUUUAUCCUACAGCAAAAAUGCAAGAUGGCUGCCAAUGACGAUGGCCACCGAUACAUAUGAACGCGGCACUCGGAGGGAAAUACUACACUCCCGAAAAGUCAGCGAAGUCAAGAUGAAGUGACAGCUCUAAGUCGACAGUUGCUAUGGACGAGAACGAUACCCAGCCCGACGAGACAGAAUUAGCGCAGACAAUAGGUAUUGAACUUGUGCGAGGCACAAGAGGAUAGGUACCUGGUAGAGAUCCGUGGCAGCAACGAGCAACGAGCAACCAAACUCCACAACCUUUCAAGAUAAUCCAGGGAUCAGAACCCGAUCUUCAACCAGAUACCUUCCUACUAUGUAGGUAUAUCAGUACUAGGUACUAGGUAUUUGUCCAGCUUUCUCAAUGAUAAUGCAAAUAAAUACCCAGCAAGUGUAAGGACCCAACGAACAGAUAUUCACAUGAUCGACAAGUUCUUAAUAGUCUAUCAAUAAACAACUACUUUUGCAAGGACCACAUGAGCACAUCUACCACAAGAUUACACAAUUUCAACGUAUUGAUGCAAUUCAAGUCCACUAUUUA